GAACUGAGCACCGUCCAGACAGAGCGACGAGAUGAGCCAUGGCAAUAGAAAACAAACCAGAGGAGGAAUUUGACACAGUUUUCAGCCUAAAUGACGCCCUGGAGCUGUCAUCCCACGCGGAGCGCGACUGCGGAAAGGCUCGGAUCUUCAAGAUAAUCGUCAUCGGGGACUCAAACGUGGGCAAGACGUGCCUAACUUACCGCUUCUGCGGGGGCACUUUCCUGAAGAACCCAGAGGCAACUAUCGGGGUGGAUUUCAGGGAGAGGACAGUGGAGCUGGACGGGGAGAUCAUCAAGCUGCAGAUUUGGGACACGGCGGGCCAGGAGCGUUUCCGGAAGAGCAUGGUGGAGCACUACUACCGCAGCGUUCACGCCGUCAUCUUUGUGUACGACGUCACCAGCCUCGCCUCCUUCGAAAGCAUCCCCGAGUGGAUCGAGGAGUGCGGCAAGCACUCGGUGGGGCCCCUGGUGCCGCGCAUCCUGGUGGGCAACAAGUGCGACCUGGGGGGACAGCGGCAGGUGCCCGCCUCCGCCGCCCACUGCCUCGCCGACAGCUACAACUUCCCCCUCUUCGAGACGUCGGCCAAAGACCCCGGCGAGAAGGAGCACGUCGACGCCAUCUUCCUGACUUUGGCCUAUCGGCUGAAGAGCCACAAGCCUCUGAGACUCAAGCAGCUCGGCGAGAGCGGCGUCACGGAGCUGAGGAACCGGAGAGAGGAAGAGCCCUCGUCUUGUCAGUGCUGAACGUCGACCGUGGACCCGGAGAUGGACGAAGGCUAUGUAACAAUUUACAUCGAAUUAGCGAGCAGCGUUUAAAAAAAAACAGAAAGAAAUUCUAAAAUGUUCUCGGGGCCCGACGUGAGGCACAGCUCGGUAGUCGUCGCAAGCAAAGGACUACAAGCCGGAGCGAUGUUUAAUCAAUACUUCUUUAAAAGGCAUGCGUGAAUGUGGAGGCAUGUCAAGUGUCGGCACUUGAGAAGACAAAUUAGAAACGAGAAUCUCUGCCUCCCAAAAUUCUGCUCUAUCGUCAAAUUGCAACUCUGACUGCUAAUUAAAAAGAAAUACGUGCGUUUAAAGUGGCCAACUAGGAUAGAAUGACAAUGAAACUGUGAGAGAAAAAAAACCUGUGCAAUAAUCAUUUCAAAACAUCCUUAGGACUUUUAAAAGGAGGACAGUUGCAGUUGUGAUGCUCUUGAAGUUUCUUUGUUUUGUUUGUUUUGUUUGCAUUGCGAACACAGGUCUGUAAUAAUGAUGAAUAUUAUAAUCAAAAAGACUAGAACUUGUAAAAGACUGCUGCUUUUGGGGGACAAAGUACACAUCCAUACGGCUGACUUGCAGCGCAUGUCUAAGAGGUCCCUGAACCCCAACAUGAAAACAUAUCCAACAUGACUGAUUACUGAGCCGCAUGUGAGCAGUGGAGGACACUUUACCCAAAGCUUGACAAGUUUUUGGACGACUUGAACCUGGAAAUCAACGAGAAACAGGCUUUGUUAUGUGUUAUUUAUAUAGGUUUCUUUUUUUUUUUAAGGUUGUCUAAAGCUCUAAGGGGAGCUGUGCAAUGAUAUCUAUGGAUAUGUGCAGUCGUGUUAUUUUGCUGAAGAAAUUGGUCAAGAGUACUAUGAUAUGAAUGUGCAUCUAUUAUGAUCAUUAAAUUUGCAAAUUGACA